CACCAUCAGAGGAAAUGCAAGCUUCAUGUCUUCUCCAAUCAAGACAAAGUCACCUUACCCUCUCAGCUCAACAGGCAGCAAUCAUGGGAUCCCAAGCCCAUCCGUAUUUGCAAAUAUGGCAGCGGCUGUAGGGCAGCACAAUCCACUCGACGAGAAUGCAAACGCAGCCAUAAUUGCCAAUACUCCAUCAGCCGGACAGAGCACAGGAAACAAGCAACCAGUAGAUCUUUCCGUUGCUGCACUAGGCAGUUCAAAUCCUUAUACUGCUUUGAUGUAUAAUGUCGAACAAUUUGCAAAUUCUCAAUUGGACAAAUUAGAAGAAUUAAAUGAAACAUUUUUCAACCUUUACGAAAAUGUGCUCGUGGAUGAUUGGAUAUCGAUGGAUGACGUCGUACAAGCACACAAGAAGCUUAUUGAGAUGAUCGAUCAAUUACUGUCAAAUGCAACCCAAGCUGGUUUCUCAGGUCUUGCGUGUCCGUUAUCUGAAGAACAGACAGCUCCUGUUUCAAAAGUCGAGGAUACACAGAUGGUAGACCUACAGGAGAAUGGCCAGAGCAAAAAUGAAGAUACUUCGAAUGGCGAGAAAGAGGACAUAAAUGCACGUUUUGCUGCUCAAUCAAAAGAUUCAUACGAGAGAAGAGAAAGACUACGAGAGAGCGCAUCGAUGAUCACAAAUAUACUUGCUCAUACCGCAUGAUCAAGCACAAAUAUCAUAAAGAGAGCUCUCAGUAUUCAAAAGGUUCAGACGGCACGUAUCAAUGCUAACCAUCGGAGUAGUAUCACGCAAAAGGCCAUCUUAGCAUGUACCAAAAGUGUAAAUUAUGUAGAGUAUACAAAAUGAAAUUGCAACAACAGAGCAUUGAAUUUCCAUAUCU